AUGGAUUUUAAAACAGACACUAUUGGAAAAUCUUAUUGUAAAUUAAACAAGUUUCUAAUUGGAAAAUCAGUUUCUGAUUUUUACAAUGCUGAAGAAUUUAUUUCUUCAUUUAAUGAAUCGUCAAAAUUUGAAAAUAGUUUACAGUCGAUUAUAAUUAAUUCACUUCACUUAACAAGUAAAGUUGAGGAAAUACUUUUGAGUCAAAAUAAUGAUAAUAUUAAGCAAGUUUUCAAAUGUGAUUGGUUUUUUAAAGAGUCUUUAAAACCAGAUGAAUUUUGUACAAAAAUUUUUCCUAAUGUUUCUGCAAGUUUAAGAUGUAAAUUAUUUACAAAAUUGUCCAAAGUCAUCGCCAAUGGUAAAGAUGCCGAAGUAUUAAUGCAGUUCAUUCAAAAAAAUUAUUCAAAAAGUUCUGGAGAAAUAUUUUUACCUAAAUGUGAUGUCAAUUUUAUCAAAAAUUACUUUUCGAAUGAAAAACCUUUUUUACAACAUGUUAAAGCUGAUAAAAUUUGGUUGAAUAUUAGCAGAAGGCAUCCAUCACUUUUCUUAGAAAUUUUAUCAAAUUAUUUCGAUUCAUCAAAUCCGGAAUAUAAAAAUUAUUUUCAACACAACAAAGCUUUAUUAUUUCUGGCUGCAAAUCAUUCAGAUUUGUUUAUACCAUUUUAUAUUAAAUAUUAUUCAAAACUUCUGUACCUUAAUUUUGGUAUUAAAUUAACUCGGAAAUUAGGGGGAAAAUUAAAAGAAGUCAUAUUUAAGUCUAAUCAUCUCAUACAAUCAUCGUCUAUAUUUAAAAGGGAAGUUCUUUUUAAGGCUUUUUCAUUUAAUGACCAAGUGAAAUUUUUGGUGUCUUUAGUGAUUUUUAAAAAGAAUAAAUUAACAUUCUUCAACUGGAUCAAUUCAAUAUAUGAAAUAACUCUAUUGAUGCUAUCAGUAACACCAAACAAACGAUUACAAAUGCUUGAAAGUGUUUUUAAAGAAUUGUUAGAAUUGAUUCCAUUGGAUCAACGACUUAAUUACGUUGUGGCCUAUGAAAAAGAACUUACGGACCCGAAUAACGAAAAAUAUGAAAAUUGUAAAUUUAACGAAGGUUUAAAUACUUGGGAACCCCCUGAUGAAAUGGAAAAUUUUGUUUAUCUUUUUCCCUUUGAUAGUGCCUUUUCACGAUAUAAACAAAUGCUCUCUAAGGCUUGUGUUCUUUAUAAGAGACAAGAUUUGGUGCAAUUCAUGAUCAAACUUUGUGCUAUCAAUCGAGACUACAUUAAUUUAAAAACAGUCGUCGAUUAUGUUUUUACGAGAUUUCGAAACGAUUCCACUCAGGUAUUUAUUCAAUUCAUGACGGACGUUUUUAGAAAUUUUUCUCUCACACUUUUAGAUGUCACCGUGAUUGAAAAAAUUGAAGAAAUGCUCGAGUUAUGUUUUUUGCGAAACGAUAGGUACAGUUACAGUUACCUAUUGGAAAAAUGCAUGUACUAUCGUUUACAUAAAAAUAUGGAGGUGGACUUUUUAAUUAAAAAAAUGAUCGAUUGGAAAAUUUCCGAAGGAAUAGAAGAAGAUUUUAUACACGAUUUUAAAAACGUCGACGCACGAAAAUUAUUUUUUAGAUUUUACAAAGAAUUAAUUAAAUGGAUGACAUCUAAUCCGGACAACAAAAAAAGUUCUAAAACUAUUCCAAAUUGGAUUCUAAUGACCAUUAGCGAUUAUAACACGAAUAAUUUAAAAACUCCAAUAAUUGUAACGGACGUACCGGAAUUAAUACGUCAUAUUAAUUUAAUAGUUAAAAAAAACACAAACGAUGUUUUAAAUGAUGUCGAUACUGUCGAAACGUUAAAAAAUAAAUCCGUUAGUUUAUUUUUAACCCAAUCGAAAGCUAAUCUAUUUAAAUAUUUAUUAAAACAUCAUCCCCAGAUAAUUUGUGAUAAAUUUGAUAACUUUGUAAGUUUUCUGAUAUCGAAUUUCGAAGAACCUGGGAUAAAAGAUGUUUUUUUUUCUUGUCUCAAAAUGUUGAGCUUCAUGUCAUUGAAUGAAAAAUUAUUUACAAAUAUUUCAAAAGAAUUUCAAGAGAAUAAAAAUGUCGCAAUUAAGAGAAACAAUUAUUUUAAAGAAGUUUUGUGGUCGUUUCAAAACUGUUGCUAUCAUUCACGUACCGAUGAAAUUGUACCCAAAUUGAUGAACAUUUUAAAGGAUUCAAACAUUUCUAAAAUUGCUAUUAAAAAGGAAUUGAUUCGAGUAUUGGUUAACAUAACAAACUUUAGUGAAUCCCUCGUGAUUAGCAACAAGUGCUGGAGUAUGAUCGAUCAUUAUUCAACGAGGACAGUAUUAUUAAAAAAAGUAACAUCAUCUUUUUUGGAACAACCUUCAGAGGAAACAUUUAACACAUUAAAAAAAUUCAUAUCGGAAAGUGACGAAUUGGUCAUUGAAUCAAGACCCCCUCUAAAAGAUAUACCUUUAAAAUAUUUUGAAGAUUAUGUUUUGACCCUUUGGACAUUUUCCGAAAAACAAAGUCCGAGAUUGAAAAAUCAUUUGCAAGAUUCCAUUUUAUCCGUUUUCCGUACGGUCACACACGAAGAUUCAAAAUCCGCAAUGAUUAUUUUGAACGCCAUAUUGGAAAAUUGGCCAUACACGACAAAUACGGUUUUAUUCGAAGAUUAUUUGAUAAUCACUUACUACGAAAUGUAUUUCAGAUUAUUUAACAAAUUUCAAAAUACGAGCGUCGAACAUAAAUCUGAACAAUUUGGAAAAGAAUUACGAAAGCUUUUUUGCGGUUACACCGAAUAUAAUCAUUUAUCAUUAUUAUUUUUAAAAUCUUUCGAUGCAUUUAUAAAAGAGUUAAAUUCUCACAAGCAAAAUUUCGAUAUUCUUUCGACAUUGAAAGAACUUCUGAACGAACCUCAGGAUAUCACACUCGCCAUAUUUGUAAUUUUAACGAUAUCCGACGAUUUUGUUAAACUUUAUAAAUCGGAUAAUAGGAAUUUAAAUGCACAAGAAAAAGCACACAUGAACACAUUGAGCGACAUUGUUAAUUCUUUAAGCUCGAAUCAAAAUUAUGUCAUUCAAAUACAUUUUAAGAAAAAAUUUGGAAUCGAUGAUGCUGAAUUGCAAUCUCAUAUGGACACAACCUCAACGGGAUAA